AUGUCAAAGGGUGAUGGGACAGCCUACAGAGAGGAAGUCGAGACACUAACUUUCUCUUUAGACAACAACCUGGCACUGAACACCAUGAAAACAAUACAAAUCAUCCUGGACUUCAGGAGAAACAGACUCUCCCUCUCACUGAUGGACAUCUCCACCACAAAGCGCCUGAGCAGAGCUUGCAACACAACCAAGGACAAUUCCUGUUCUCUCACGGUCGAUCUGGACACAGUAAACAAACACCUCAAACUGUCUGAGGACCACAGGAAUGUGACCCGGGUGGAAGAGGAGCAGCCAUAUCCUGAUCAUCCAGACAGAUUUUACUGUCUCUAUCAGCUGCUGUGCACUGAUAGUCUGACUGGUCGCUGUUACUGGGAGGUAGAGUGGAGCGGGAGAGUUGACAUAGCUGUGAGUUACAGGGGAAUCAAAAGAAAGGGGGACAGUGACAACUCUUGGUUUGGAUUUAAUGAAAAGUCCUGGAGUCUGAUCUGCUCAGAUGAUGGUUACUCUGUCUGGCACGAUCAUAAAACAGUUCAGAUCCCUUUCUCCUCCUCCUCACCCUCGGUCUCUGACAGAGUAGCGGUGUAUGUAGACUAUCCUGCUGGGAUCCUGACCUUCUACAGAGUCUCCUCAGACGCCCUGAUCCACCUCUACACCUUCAACACCACAUUCACUGAACCUCUUUAUCCUGGAUUUGGAUUUGAGUUCAGGGAUCAUUCCAGGGAUGCUUGGUGCUCAUUUUAA